UCUAAGCCCCCCUUCACCGCUUUCUUUUUGAUUCAUUUUUUUUCCUUUGGAUCCAAAGAGUAUUGAAACAUGAGUUCUUCAUCAAGCACUCCAAAUCCUUGGACACCCUAUGAAACUUUCAAAGAUUGUUCUCAAGGUGUUUGUAGUAUGUAUUGCCCGCAAUGGUGUUAUUUUAUUUUCCCACCACCACCUCCUUUCCCCGCCGAAUACGAUUCCUCCUCCGAUUUCUCACCUCUCAUUAUAGCCUUAAUCGGGAUCUUGGCGAGCGCAUUCAUCUUGGUAAGUUACUACACGAUCAUCUCCAAGUAUUGCAGAAGGCGUAGGCAGAGUCAUACGAGCUUAGAUUUCAAUGAAAACAGAGAUGAAGCGAAUCACGAUGGGUGGCAAACUGGUUCACAAGGGUUAGAUGAAAGUCUUAUUAAGGCUAUUACGGUUUGCAAGUUCAAGAAAAACGAGGGUUUGAUCGAAGGAACCGAUUGUUCGGUUUGUUUGAGUGAGUUCAUGGAAGAUGAGAGUUUGAGAUUGUUGCCUAAAUGUAACCAUGCUUUUCACGUUCCAUGUAUCGAUACUUGGUUAAAAUCACACUCUAGUUGUCCCCUUUGCCGCGCCAAUAUCGCCUUCACCAACCAACCGGUGAUCGCCGCGACGGUCCAGGAAGGUCCCGGCCGGAAUGUCGGUGUAUCUGCAAGUGUGUAUCAGCAAAGGAAUGAAGGUAUAUCGGUGAUCCAGGAUCUGGAAAGUGGUGUUAGAGAAGAAGCUGUUGUUAGCCUCGUCGUUAAUGAAGACGGUGGGAAAACGGCCGGUGAAGAAGAUGUUAGAGACAUGGCGGUGUUGGAAAUCGAACGAGAUGGGGAUCGAAACCGACCUUUAAGAAGGUCCGUUUCGAUGAGUUCUUCAGUGUUUUCACAUGGACAAAUGAUGUCCAUUGCUGAUAUAUUACACAUCAGCGAGGAAGACGAGGAUGAACAACAUUUGCAGUCGUCAAUGGGGAUUGGAUCCUCAAAACAAUUCGAUGCAACGGAAUAUUGUUGCAAAUCGAAUCACAAAAAUGGGGUUUUCAAUUUGGUUAGAAGUCCUCUAGCAAUGAAGAGAUCAAUCUCUACAGGAAGAUGCAUAUUCCCCGGGCUUGAAAAAGAGAGAACUUGAAUUUAACAGUUAAACCUAGCGACGUAUACAAGCAACCGGUAUGUUAGA